CCUCAGUGAAGCACUUAAAGCGACACUCACUAUAAGUGAACCUGGGGUCUCGAAACACAAUGCACCUCUAAAGUCUGACAGCAGAGUAGCGAGUGAAUCUUCGAUGGUGCAGAGUCAAAAACCUAAAGUUGCUCCAGAGAGAGAUGGGGUCCAGUGUUUACGAGGAGGAGGAGGAAUCAGGAGGAACCAGCAGGAUGUGACUACAAAAGAAAGGAUAAAAAAUGAGAAGAAAUUUGUCUUCAGGAAUCUCAAAGACAACACGCCAGUUUUGCUGUCUCUGUCCAGAUAUUUAAGAAGUGGAGCAAGGUAUUCAAUCAACCGUCCUUCCAGCUCAGACUGUGGAGAGGGAUUCACUUGGUCAUUUGAACAUCUAGCAAGCCCGUCAUUUUACAGAGGAGAAAGGCCUUUCACCUGCUCAGACAGUGGGAAUGGAUUCACUCGGUUAUCACAAUUGAAGGUAUAUCAGCAAGUUCACAAUGGGCAAGGCCAUUCACCUGUUCUGUGUUUGAGAAAGGAUUCUGUCGGGCAACCCACCUGUGGACACACCAGUCAGAUCACACUGAGCAGAGUCUGGUCAUCUGCUGAAUUUCAGGGAAGUGAUUCUCUCGGUCAUCUGACCUAAUGGCACACCAGCGUGUUCACACCAGGGGGCGGCCAUUCACCUGCACAGUCUGCGGGAAGGGUUUCACUGCAUCAUCCAACCUAGAGACAUCAGCGAGUU